AUGAUUCGACGUCAUUAUCCAAAGAUUCAAUGGUCAGAAAUUGUGAAUGUAGUUAAACAAACUUUACCUAGUUCGUUAGAAUCAGUUCAUCGUCCACCAUCACCGAAGAUUGUGGCAAAGCGACGCGAGCUUCAAUCACUUUGUUUAAUAAAUCUGGAUGAACUCGUUCGUUUAUCAAAUGUGCGCAAUGACGUGAUGCACAUCCAAAUUGCCAAUAUCAAUGAACAAAAAAUGUUAUUGGAACAGAUGGAACACUAUUUAGACUCGAAAUCGAUCGGAGAAUUCAAAGACAGUAUAAAAAAAUGUUAA